AUGAAGAAGUUUUUCCUGGAUACUAAGGCUACCUUGGGACUGGUCUCUGAUAAAACCGUGGAUGAAGACUACGAAAAGAGAUCUGCUGGACUGAAGACACUACAUGAUGCAACCAGUUCCUACCAAAGUUCUAUGGAAAAGGUGAAACAUGCUGGAAAGGAGUUCGUAAAGGCUCUCGAAGAAGCGUCAAAGGCAUUUGAGAAACUUAAUGCUGAUGAUCAUAUUCCAUCAGAGCUGAAGCAAUACUCAAAAGAAUUCAAGGAAAUGGUUGAAAAGAUUCAAAAAGGUGCCCUUCUCCAGUUUACAAAAGAAAUGGAUGCGAAAGUCAUUACUUCUGGCAGUUCUCUCAAGGGGGAUUGUGAAGCAUGCAGUCAUCUUGAGCAAGAAAGAUCAAAGGCUGUAAAUGAGUACGAUGUCUACCGAGAUACUGUGAGUAAAAAAGAGGCAGAAUAUGCGAAAAAAGGUAAAAAUUUGAAAGAUUCUAAAGGCUAUGAAGAAGAAGUCAAACAACGCGACCAUUUUAAAUCAGUGUAUGAAACUGCCAAUAAGUCAUUUAAGGAGAAGCAUGAUGAACUAUUGAAAAAGCUUGUGGAAAACAACAAAGCCUGUGCAAAGGAAUUUGCAGAUUGUACAACUACAUUUUUGAAGGACUUAUCAAAGGAAAUGGAGCGAUUGGAGAAAGCGUCAUCAGGGUUUGCCAAAUAA